GACAAGUCAAAUGUCAAUAAUUAUGAAAAAACAUUGCACAGGGGACUUAUUGUAUCUUGUUUACUGAUAAGAAUAUUAAAAUACAGGUUUAUUUGAUAUGACCGAUUAAAUUGUUUAUUCAUAAAUGUAAAAAAAAUGCAAACAAUAAAAUAGAAGAAUGAGUGUUGAAAUAAAUAUAUUAAUAAACAUAACCUCAAUUGUAGUAUUGUUAUGUGUCGUUGCUGUAAGUUACUUUUAUUUGAAAAGAAAGCAAACACUUACUGCCACAGAAGCAUUUAAAUAUUUGAAUAUAAAGCUUGUGGAAAAUGAGGAUCAUUGUGAUGAAAUUGUCAGUGAAUUUCUAAAGAAGUGCAGUAAACAUCAUGCCAUUGGUUUUGAUUGUGAGUGGGUGACGGUGCUAGGGAAACGACAGCCUGUAGCUCUGAUUCAGCUCUCCACUUAUGAUGGAUUUUGUAGUCUAUUCCGUUUAAGUAAGAUGAAUUCUAUCCCUGCAUCUUUAAAGAAUCUACUAGAAGACGAGAAAAUAUACAAAGUGGGUGUAGCACCAGUGGAUGAUGCAAAGUAUGUAGCUGCUGACUAUGGAGUGUACAUCAAAUCUACGUUAGACAUCCGACACAUUGUUGAGCUGUGUGGUUACGAUCCAGGGGGCCUGGCUGCUCUCUCUUUGUCACUAUUGGGUGUAACUUUAGACAAGACCUGGAGGAUUCGUUGCAGUGACUGGGCCGCAACAGAACUUACAACACGCCAGAUUAACUAUGCGGCGGCAGAUGCACAUGUUGCUAUUAAAAUGUUUGUUAAUCUCGUCAACAAACACCAGAGAAGGGGAUUGCUGUGGUUUAGAGGAAAGGAUCAUUGGGACAACUUGAAUGAAUUAUGUUGGAAAUAUGCAGAUGUGUGCUUCAAAACGAAAGUAACAAAGAAAGUUAAGAAUGGAUUAAAGGACAAAGAAAGCAAACCUAGUAAGGAUUUAGUUCUAAGCAAACGGUAUCCAUAUGCAAUCCGGUCUAAGCCUUUAUAUCACAAUUGCUUCUUGCAAGCCCCUGAUGGAGAGUUAUUGUGCACUUGUGACACUAAAAAAGCAAUAUGGUACGUAGAAAAGGAACUAGCAGACAAAGUGUCAGACGAUCCUCUCACAGUGAGAUUACGGUUCGAGCCAGCUGGCCGGUCUGUAGGCACAGUUGGUCAGUACUAUCAGCUGACCAAACAGAACAGAUGUGUGGUAUGCGGGGAGGAUAACUCCUAUAUACGCAAGAAUGUGGUGCCCAGAGAGUAUAGGAAGCAUUUUCCAGAGGUGAUGAAGGACCACUCGUCACACGACGUGCUAUUGUUGUGUGUGGCGUGUCACCAGCGCAGCAACAUGCUGGACCAGGCGGUGAGGGAACGGCUCGCUCUGUUGUGCGACGCGCCGUUCGCAUCUCACGACAAGACGAAAUAUAUUGAGGAUGCUGAGUGCAAAAAGAUCCGUUCGGCGGCCCGCGCGCUGCUGUACCAGUCGCGCAAGCACGUGCUCCCGGAGGCGCGCGUGAAGGAGCUGGAGACGGUUCUGCUGCUGCACUAUCCUGAGCACGAUGAGAUCACGGAACAGUUGCUAGCUGAGGCCUCAGAGAUUUCUGUUGUCAUAGAGAACGCGGACUAUGAGUGUCACGGUUACAAGGUGGUGGAAUAUUUCUUAAACAACGAGGUGGGCGGCCUCUUGCGCCUGGAGGAGAUGUGGCGCCAACACUUCCUCGACUGCAUGCAGCCAAGGCACAUGCCCCACUUGUGGUCUGUGAAGCAUAAUGAAGAGAGGUUACGAGUUCGUCUAUCAGAGGGUCGAUUAUCUGAAAAUGAUAUGAAAAUGAUUGGGAUGCCUUUAUAGAAAAUGUUCGCGGAUUUAAUCUAAACAUGAAAAACAAAGAUGACUGACUGACUGAUCUAGCAACGCACAGCUGAUCGGAGUUGAUAUUUGGAGCUUGGCAUGCAGAUAGUCACCAUUAUGAUAUAGCCAUCCACUGAGAAAGGAUUUUUAUAGUUUCUACCCCUAAGGUGAUAAAAUGGGAGAUGAAAGUUUGAACCAGGAAAAUUGAUUUGACCACGUGGGCGCUGCCGUUGAUAACUGGUUAAAAAUAUAAUACGUGUGAAUAUAAUAUUGUAGUGUAAAGAUCAAGUUGCACACCAGUUCUAAUGGCUUUGUUUUGUAUACAUACCACAGAGCUAUAUAUCGAAAGUUGGAUAUAUUUUUGUAAAUAAGAAAUAA